CUGGGUGUUGCUGGGUGGGUCGCGGCGUCGGCGGGAGUCCCGUAGGGGAGGGUCCGAGUGGCGGAGGGAGGCGGACUUGGAGGAGGGAGUCCCCUCUCUUCUCCCCGCUACAGCGGAAGAUUCGGGCUCGGGAGACUGGACGUGUAGUCAGAUUUCAGACCAGAAACGGAGGUUUCAUUAAAGCUGUCGGGCGGGAGUGCCUGAGAUCCAGAGAGAGUGCGGAGACCGCAGAGGCGCAUUUUGUAGUAGAAACAGCGGGAUCGCUGAAUCCUGGACAAGACCGUUUGACUUCUCUGAGCCUCAGUUUCUCCCUUUGCAAAGUGAAAGGCUUGAGUGAGACCAUCUCUAAGGCUGCUGUUUGAUCCCAUCAGAGAAAAAAGACUAAGAAGUGAAUUUCUCAGCAUUGCUAAGUUUCAGGAUGAUUCUGCCAAGGGGUCAAAUAAAGAUCUCAGGAGAGAUCCCUGCAUGGAGGAAGGCUGGCCUGGACAUCUUUACUGCUUGAUUUCAGGAGUGCUCCAGCCUCAUCUUGGCCCGAACUCAGCCCCCUCUCCACACUCCCACCAGGAAGAAAAAAGGAACAGGCCUGGGUGCAGGGAUGGAGGCCAGGCCCACAGACCUCGAUGACGGUGCCGAUGGUGACGGGCCUCUGCGGGUUCAGGUUCGGCCAAAGGCCGCGGGGGACGAGGCUGCCCUUCGGGAGCUCCUGGAGGUGGUGGCGGCUGAGAUGGGGUCGGCCCUCGGAGCCCGGAUGCUGUGGCGGCCGUGGUUCCUGCUGCUCCUGGGAUGUGGCUUCACUCUCCUGGCAACCUCAUCCCGUUCCCUGUUGCUGCCCUUGCUAGUCCUGGCGCUGCUCCUGGCUGUUGGCCGUCCCGCAUUGGCUCAUGUUUGGGCUCUGUAUGCCCACCAAGACAUGAGUCUUGGUCUGAAGGCUCCAGGAGCCCCAGGCUUUCGGUUCUGGGUGGCUGAGGACACAGAUGGCAGUGUGGUGGGGAUGGUGGGUGUGUCAGGGAUUGGGAAGAGUGGAGAUGGGGAGCUGGAGCUGAGGUCCUUGGCUGUAAGCCACGAGCAUCGGGGUCAUGGGGUGGGCAGGGCCCUGUGCCAGGCUGUGCUGGCCUUUGCCCGCGGCUCCCCUGGCUGCCGGGUUGUGGUGCUGGACACACAUAUGCUCCAUAGUCCUGCCCAGAGGCUCUUCUCCAGCCUUGGCUUCCAUCCAGGCCCUACAUGCCUGCAGCCUACACUUAGUGGAUUCCUGGCCGACCUCCCUGUCACUCGCUACCACUAUUCCCUGACUGGCAACAGAACUGAAGAUAACAGCCCUGUGGGUGAGGACUGAGCCUUCCACUUGUCAGCCAGGGCCUGAGCCUCCCACCCACCAAUCUGCCAGCCCAAAGAUGCCUCUGUGCCUCUGGGGAUGAAGGUCCUUAUGUCAGCUCUGCAGCCUUGAGACAUAGGCAGUGAGCCUGUGGUGGGCGGGCACUGAGGUCGGGAGGAUGGCUGAGGGGCUGGAUGUGGUGAUGAGUAAGGGUCAGGGUCAGAUGGCCUUCUGGGAACAAUUGUCAGAGCCUGAGCUGAGAUCAGGGCUGGAGAGGGCCUUCUAAUCAAUCUGGCAUCUGAAGGAAGAUGUCAAGGGAUUCUGGCCAUCCGGGGGCACCUGGGAUGGUCACCACAUCAUCCAAGGCUUGGCCAAAAGAACUUGUCCCAGCUGCUCCCAAACGCAGUGGACCAUCUUGGGAGAUAGUGGAGUCACCAUUUCUCAGGGGCCUCAAGGAGAGGCUAAAUGAUCCGUUGUCAGAAGUGUAAAGGGGAUGGGGGAAUGAAUGGUCACAGAUUCUGGGCCUGAGGGAGGCCAGUCCUGUAACUAGCACAGACAUUUUAUAACUACUUGUUGGAUUGGGGCUUGGACAGGGCCUAAGAAAAUAAAACCAUUCCCGACCUUG